CAUUUUUUUCUGGGUUACCUGCAGGAAACAGGGUGCCGCAGGACUUGCCAGCCGGGAAAUGAAGAGGAUAUUAUUUCUCCUGCUCACUGUGCAUGCUCUGGAAAGAGGCCGAGAAUAUGAGAAGGAUAAAGUCUGCAAGGAAUUAAACAAUUUUGGAAAAGAUGACUUCACAUCUUUAUCAAUGGUCCUCUACAGCAGAAAAUUUCCCAGUGGAACUUUUGAACAGAUCAGUCAUCUUGUGAAGGAAGUUGUCUCCCUGACAGAAGCCUGCUGUGCUGAAGGGGCUGACCCUGACUGCUAUGACAACAGGACGUCAGCAUUGUCUGCUAAGUCCUGUGAUAGUGACUCCCCAUUCCCAGUGCACCCAGGAACUGCUGAGUGCUGUACCCAAGAGGGCCUGGAAAGGAAACUCUGUAUGGCUGCCCUGAAGCACCAGCCACAGGAAUUUCCUACCUACGUAGAGCCAAGUAAUGAUGAAAUCUGUGAGGCAUUCAGGAAAGAUCCCAAGGAAUUUGCUAACCAAUUUAUGUAUGAAUAUUCCAUUAAUUAUGGACAAGCUCCUCUGCCACUAUUAGUCAGUUAUACCAAGAGUUAUCUCUCUAUGGUAGGGUCCUGCUGUACCUCAUCAAGCCCCACCGUAUGCUUUUUGAAAGAGAGGCUCCAGAUUAAACAUUUAUCGCUUCUCACCAUUAUGUCAAAUAGAAUCUGUUCACAAUAUGCUGCUUAUGAGAAGGAGAAAUCAAGGCUCAGCCAUCUCAUAAAAUUAGCCCAAAAAGCACCUACUGCUAAUCUGGAGGAUGUUUUGCCACUCGCUGAAGAUGUUACCACAAUCCUCUCCAAGUGCUGUGGGUCUACCUCUGAGGACUGCAUGGCCAAGGAGUUGCCUGAACACACAGUAAAAAUCUGUGACAACUUAUCCACAAAGAAUGAUAAGUUUAGGGACUGUUGUCAAGAAAGAACACCCAUGGACAUAUUUAUGUGUGUCUACUUCACGCCAGCUACUCAGCCGCCAGAGCUGCCAGAAGUUGCGUUGCCCACAAGUAAAGAUGUGUGUGGCAAGGGAAACACCAAAGCCAUGGACAGGUAUACAUUUGAACUAUCUAGGAGAACUGACGUCCCAGAAGUAUUUCUCAGUAAAAUACUUGAGCCAACCUUCAAAACCCUGGGAGAAUGCUGUGACUCUAAAGACCCUGCAGUCUGUUUUGAUGCUAAGGUUCCACAACUGAAGGAGGAACUAUCUUCUUUCAUUGACAAGGGACAUGAACUAUGUGCUGAUUAUUCAGAGAACACAUUUACUGAGUACAAGAAAAAGCUGACAGAACGAUUGAGAGCAAAACUGCCAGAUGCCCCAGACACGGAACUGGAAGAACUGGUUGAGAAGCGCUCAGAUUUUGCCUCUAAGUGCUGUUCCAUCAACUCCCCUCCUCUCUACUGUGAUGCUAAGAUUGAUGCUGAAAUGAAAAAUACCCUACAGGGCUGAUGAAUAUAUAUUAUCUUAGAUCUAGAGCUGGAACCUUCCUGGAAAUGCCAUCUGAAGCCUAACCUAGGCCAAACCAGGGCUCUCAGGGAGACAACUCGGUACUCACUAAUUUUCAUCAGCUCCAAUAUCUUUGUACAAUAAAUAUAAUUUGCUAUCAAAAUAAAUUGGAAUACAAUGCAAAUCAUAAA